GACAGUAGUGAGGCAGCAGGUGGAGCUGGCCCCUGGGAUGAAGAAGUCACCAAGUGGUGGGGAGAGUGGAGCUCCUGGUCCACCUGCUCCCGGUCCUGUGGGGGAGGCGUGAUGUCCCGGGAGAGGCACUGCUUGAGACAGAGGCUCCACAUGCCCCAGGGAACAAACAGCACCGUGUGCCUUGGUCAAGCCAAGCACUACCAACUGUGCCAGCAGCAGCCCUGCCCAGCCAACACAGCAAGCUUCAAACAGCAGCAGUGCUCCAGUUUCAAUGCCAAAGCCUUUGGGAAGCGCUACUACCACUGGAUGCCCCUCUAUCCAGACGACUACACCAGUAUCUCCAACAAGCCAUGCGACCUCCAAUGCACCACCCGGAGUGGAGAGAGGCAGCUGAUGGCCCGAGCACAGGAUGGUACCUCCUGCAAGGACAGGACCUAUCAAGGGGUCUGCAUCAAUGGGAAGUGUGAGCCAGUUGGGUGCGAUGGGAGCCUGUACUCACCCCGGACGAUGGACAGAUGCAGGGUGUGUGGAGGGGACGGCAGCACUUGCCACCGUGUCUCGGGCAGCUUCCGAAAGGCAAUCUCACAGAUAGGUUAUGUGUUCAUCACCAACAUCCCUGCUGGUGCCAUGGACAUCCUCAUCAUUGAGCGCAGGAAAACAGAAAAUAUCCUAGCGCUCGCAGAUGAAUCCGGGCAUUUCUUCUUCAACGGCAACUCUGCCAUUGACAACCCCCAGAACUUCAGGGUAGCUGGCACGAUCUUCAAGUACCGGCGGCCCUCAAGCCUGAACUCAGAUGGUCUGGAGUAUAUCAUAGCUCAUGGACCCACUAACCAGUCUCUGAAUGCCAUGUACUAUAACUUUAAUGGGAAAAUGCCACACGUAACUUAUGACUACACUGUACCACGGACACCUCCUCUCCGAACUGCGGCCCCUGCUGUAGACAGACCUCUCUAUCAUCACCUACCAGAGACCAGCCAGAACCAUCCUAUUCCAGCCAACUCCAGAGCAGCCCAGGACUUCAAUGCAACAUGGCUCUCCCUGUCGCCAGAUGACACUAGUGAACAGCUUCCUCUGAGAGAAGGGCAUGAAGAUUUAGGCUUCAGCCAUCCACACUUCAUGCAGACCAACUCCACCAGUCAGACUCAGGACUGGGGCUGGGAACAAGGUGAAGAGAAGAAGUAUGACUUCCAGAUAAGACACGUCUACCAUGCAAACACAGCAGGAGAGGAAGAGGAGGAGGAAGCAGCAGCAAUUCAUGGAGAAACAGACAAUGAGUUUGAUGUGAGCCCCGUGGGCCAUGACGACAUCAGCUUGGCUGACAUGUAUCGGUGGAAAGUCUCAGCUUAUGCCCCCUGCAGCUCCACGUGCACUUCAGGUAUCAGCACCUCCUAUGUGAUGUGUGUCCGAUACGACGGAGUGGAAGUGGAUGAAACGUACUGCGAUGCCCUAACCCGACCAGAACCUACUCAUGAAUUUUGCACAGGGAGAGAUUGCCAGGCUAGGUGGGAGACCAGCCGGUGGAGUGAAUGUUCCAGGACCUGUGGUGAGGGCUAUCAGUACCGCACUGUGCGCUGCUGGAAGAUGCUGGCUCCAGGCUUUGACAGCUCCGUUUAUGAUGACCUCUGUGAGUCCGCUGGGCUGGCCAGGCCCAUGGAGAGGAAAGCCUGCAAGAACAAGGCCUGUGGGCCCCAGUGGGAGCUCUCCGAGUGGUCCGAGUGUUCAGCCCGGUGUGGCACGCAGGGGACGAUGAAGCGGGAGGUGCGCUGCUCGGUGGAAGCACCCCUCUGCGACGAAGCCCAGAAACCCAGCAGCGAAAAGGCGUGCACAGGCCCACCCUGCGAUCGCCGCUGGACUGCUUCGGAUUGGGGCCCGUGCUCAGGUUCAUGUGGCGAGGGACGCAUGAGCCGCUUCAUCGCGUGUCGCAACCUGGAGGGGAAGGUGAUCUCUGACUCGCAGUGUGACCCAGCCACCAAGCCACUGGCUGUUCAUCCUUGUGGAGACAAGAAUUGCCCUGCACACUGGGUGGAGCAGGAGUGGGAGCAGUGCGAUGCCAGCUGUGGGCGAGGGAUGAAGACCCGGGUUGUCUUGUGCGCAGGCCUGGAGCACGGUGUGUACAGGGAGUACCCUGAGAAGCACUGUGAGGCCUCUCAGAAACCUGAGGAGCAAGCUGCCUGUUUCAGGAGGCCAUGCUCAACGUGGUUCACUACCUCCUGGUCUCAGUGCAGCAAGACGUGUGGUGCUGGUGUGCGACUGCGUGAGGUGAAAUGUUACCAGGGGGAAGCACUGGCUCAGGGCUGUGACCCCACUUCCAAACCAGAAGCCAGGCAGACGUGCCAACUCCAGCCAUGCCCCACAGAGGCGCCAGAAGAAGACUGUGAAGACAAAGUGACGGCCAACUGCGUGCUGGUGCUGAAGGUGAAACUGUGCUCUCACUGGUACUACAGGAAGGCCUGCUGCCAGUCGUGUCGGUUCAAGUCACCCUGA